AUGGGACACGCGGGGGUUUUCCGUACUGAAAAAAUUUUGGAAUCUCAACCAACCUGCAAAAUAAACAUCAAUGGAAAAGCGUUUGAUGGAUUAAUUGAUACCGGGGCAGAUGUCUCUAUCAUCAGCUCUAAACAUUGGCCUCAUCGUUGGCCUACCAUUCCUCCCGUGAUUUCAGUUAUUGGCCUUGGAGAAGCGCAGGGACCGCGGCAGAGUUCAAACAUAUUACAUUGCACGGGGCCAGGUGGACAAAAGUCUACCUUACAGCCUUAUGUCACUGAUCUUCCCAUUAAUCUAUGCGGGCGAAACUUGUUAGAACAAUGGAAAGCAGAAAUGUAUAUUCCUCCUCAGGUAUUCUAUAGUGAGCAGUCACAAAAAAUUAUGGAAAAACAACAAUAUGUCCCUGGUGUAGGACUAGGAAAGCAAUUACAGGGAAAAGUAAACCCUGUAGCCCCAAGCGGGAAAUAG